UUCCCCCCAUCCUAUCCCUGACAUUAUGCAGAGUCCUAUGUGCGCACAACACAUGCGACAAAUGUAGCAAAAGUUCUCAGAACACUCAUCUAUCCCCCCCUCUCUUUAUCCCCUCGUGCCGGUGACUGGUACCUGGGUCCUCAAACAUAUCCAAUCCAGGGGCCAAUUGCACUGGGUUAGAUGUGAUUUUUCUUAAAGAGGCAGUACAGAGCUGGAGGUUGAGUGCAGGGAGGGAGAGCUGGAAGUAAAGGAGGAGGAGGAGGGGGGAUAAGUGAUCUGAAGAGGACAAAAAAAAAAAAAAAACCCUGAUGAUGAUGAUGAUUACACUGGAAACUUUCUUAGUCCUGGCGAGGGUGUCAGAUUGAAGGCUCUGUGCGCAUGUGCAAAGGUGUCCAAACUGACAAUGCUUAUGAGAUGAAGAUAGUGUGUAGCUUGCUUCUGGGCUCAAGGAGGAGAGAAGAGAAAUCUACAAGCCGACAAGAUGAGAUCCAAGGCGAGGGCGCGGAAACUGGCCAAAAGUGACAGUGACCUUGUAAAUAAUAUGUAUGAGCCCGACCCGGAUCUCCUUGGCGGUGACAGCGCAGAAGAGGAAACCGAGGACAGUAUUAUGUCGCCCAUUCCGGUAGGCCCUCCUUCACCAUUCCAAACCAGUGAAGACUUUACCCCAAAGGAGGGAUCGCCCUACGAAGCCCCGGUCUACAUUCCCGAUGAUAUUCCAAUCCCUCCUGAAUUUGAACUCAGAGAAUCCUCCAUACCAGGAGCCGGUCUUGGGAUUUGGGCCAAGAAGAAGAUUGAAAUUGGGGAAAGAUUAGGACCUUAUAUCAUGAUGCAGAAGACCACAAUAAAAGAGAAUCAUCUAGGAUGGGAACAAAUGUUACCUGAUUCAGAAAUAACUUCACAAGACGACAGUCUACGAAAGGUCUCUGAAGAUUUGGUGGAAGAGAAGAUGUGCAUCGAAAACAGCCAAACGGGAUCGGGGAGCUGGCUUAAAUUUAUCCGAAUGGCUUGUUCCUGCGACGAACAAAAUUUGGCCGUCUGUUACGAGAACGACCAGCUUUUUUAUAAAGUUAUUAAAGACAUUGAGCCUGGGGAAGAAUUGUUGGUUUAUAUGAAGGAAGGGAAUUUUUCCCUUGGAAGCAUGCCCCCGAAUCUGGAAGAAGAACACACGUUUCGCUGUGAAGAUUGCGAUGAGCUGUUCCAGUCCAAGCUCGAUUUGAGGCGGCACCAAAAAUACGCCUGCAACACAGUCAAUCACAUCUACGAGUCUCUGAACGAGGAGAUCAAGCAAGAGGGCUUCGAUAAUGAACAAGUUCACGAGUGCAAGGACUGUGAGCGCCUCUUCCCCAACAAGUACAGUUUGGAACAACAUAUGAUCAUUCAUACAGAAGAGAGGGAGUACAAAUGUGAUCAGUGCCCGAAAGCCUUCAACUGGAAAUCCAACCUGAUUCGCCACCAGAUGUCACACGACAGCGGGAAGCGAUUCGAAUGUGAGAACUGUGUCAAGAACGAGUCCUGGUUCCCAAGUGAUCUUCCUUCCAGAUUACCCAUAUAUUUGAACUGCAACAACAACACUGAAGCGGAACCUCACACACCUAAAGUAGACGUCUUCACUGAUCCAAGCAACCUCCAGAGACACAUCCGUUCCCAACACGUUGGAGCCAGGGCACACGCUUGUCCUGACUGUGGCAAGACCUUUGCCACCUCAUCAGGGCUCAAGCAACAUAAGCACAUUCAUAGUACUGUCAAACCUUUCAUAUGUGAGGUCUGCCAUAAAUCGUACACACAGUUCUCCAACCUGUGUCGUCACAAAAGAAUGCAUGCAGACUGUCGUACACAGAUCAAGUGUAAGGACUGUGGACAAAUGUUUAGCACUACCUCCUCCCUCAACAAGCACCGGCGCUUCUGUGAAGGCAAAAACCAUUACAAUCAUGGUGGAAUGUUUGGUCCCGGUCUGCCCUUGACAGCAAGUUCUUUGAUGGACAAGUCUAAACCUUCUCCAAAUAUGAAUCACUCCGGCCUUGCUUUCAGUGACUAUUUUAAUUCCAGGGCACAUCCGGGUAGUUUGCCAUUUUCACCUGCUCCUCCACCUUUUCCACCUUUGGGUCCGGGGUUUCCAGGAAUUUUUCCUCCAUCGUUGUAUCCCCGACCACCGUUAUUACCUCCUUCUCCACUGCUCAAAAACCCCUUGAACCACGCGCGAGAAGCAAAGCUUCCCAGCCCCAUAGGUAACCCUCAACUUUCCCUCAUCCCCUCUUUGAACAGCAGCAAUAGUAACCAGCCACUUUCACUGGAGGAAAAAUUUGAAAACGGUAUGGAGGAUUCGUACAUGGAGAAACACAAGUCUAGGACCAGUGAUCUUUCCGAUGGAAGUGACUUUGAAGACGUCAACACGACCUCGGGAACCGAUCUGGAUACCACCACUGGCACUGGGUCUGACUUAGAUAGUGAUAUAGAUAGUGAAAGAGACAAAAACAAGGAAAAGAGCAAACCCAUAGAAAACAAACAAGACAUUGUCAGUAGCUCUGUCUCUAGUAGUUCUAAUAACAAUGUUACGGAGAGGCCCUUCUUCUACUCCCAACAUUCCUUUUUCCCUCCUCCAGAAGAGCAGCUACUUCCAUCCAUGGGAGCAGCAAAUGACUCUAUAAAAGCUAUCGCCUCUAUAGCCGAGAAAUAUUUUGGACCUGGAUUUAUGGGAAUGCAAGAAAAGAAAAUGGGUUCCCUCUCCUACCAUUCCAUGUUUCCCUUUCAGUUUCUCCCGAACUUUCCCCAUUCUUUGUAUCCAGCUUUUACCGAUCGGACAAUGAAUCACAAUUUGCUGGUAAAAGCUGAACCAAAGUCUCCUCGAGACCUUCAAAAAGUUGGCAGCUCAAGCUCGGAGUCACCGUUUGAUCUCACGACCAAACCGAAAGAGAUUAAGUCGGCCUUAAUACCACCUAAGGUUCUGGCACAACCGUCCUCGGGAGAGGAGCAACCAUUGGACCUCAGCAUUGGUAACAGAAGUCGAGCCAGUCAUAACGGAGCAAGGGACACGCGUAAAAACCAUAUUUAUGGUGACAGGAAAGCCAUGUCCAGCGAAAUGCUUUCGAAAAUCGCUCCACCUCCUCUUCCCCAACAGCCUCCUCUUCACUACGCAAAGCCUUCUCCCUUCUUCAUGGACCCCAUUUACAGCAGGGUGGAAAAGCGGAAGGUGACAGACCCUGUGGGGACAUUGAAGGACAAAUAUUUACGACCAUCUCCACUUCUAUUUCACCCGCAGAUGUCAGCCAUCGAAACCAUGACUGAAAAGCUGGAAAGCUUCGCCAACUUGAAAGCAGACACAGGAAGCUCGCUACCAUCCCUACCGCAUCACCCCUUCAAUUUCCGCUCCCCACCCCCAACCCUAUCCGAUUCCAUCUUAAGGAAAGGAAAAGAACGCUAUACCUGCAGGUACUGUGGAAAAAUCUUUCCAAGAUCUGCAAACUUAACAAGACAUCUCAGGACCCACACAGGAGAACAACCAUACAGAUGUAAAUAUUGUGACCGGUCUUUUAGCAUUUCCUCCAAUCUCCAGCGGCACGUACGGAACAUACACAACAAAGAGAAGCCUUUCAAAUGCCACUUGUGUAAUAGGUGUUUCGGCCAGCAGACGAACUUGGAUCGGCACCUAAAGAAACAUGAACACGAGAACGUUCCAGUGAGUCAGCACUCAGGAGUAAUCGGAAACCACCACGGAACUAGCGUCUCCUCCCCCAAUUCCGAAUCCGAAAACCAUGCACUUUUAGAUGAGAAAGAAGAUUCCUAUUUCUCAGAAAUUCGAAACUUUAUUGCAAAUAGCGAGUUAAAUCAAACUUCGAGUCUAGGAGAAAAAAGAACAGAAAUUCAGGAUAUCGAUAGCAGUUCAAGAGGUUGCAGUCUAGGCAACCAAAAACCAGAAGAUGUAGAUGACGAUGAAGAUGACGAUCUAGAAGAAGACUAUGAAGAUGGAAGUUUGACGGGAAAAUCGCAAGACGAGACUGUUUCUCCUACGAUGGAGACCCAGGAAGCGUAUGAAGAGGAUGAGGAAGAUGAAGAACCCACAUCACUCUCUAUGAGCUUUGAUCACACCAGAAGGUGUAUUGAGGAGGAAGAUGCCCGUCUGUUAGAUGUGGAGCAGAUUCCGAAUUUUGGGAAGGGGCUGGACCUUCGCAAAACAGCAGAGGAAGCAUUUGAAGUAAAAGAUGUGUUUAAUUCCACCUUAGACUCUGAGGCAUUUAAAGAAUCUCUGUACAGGCAGGCUAAAAACCAGGCUUAUGCAAUGAUGUUGUCUCUAUCUGAAAAUACUUCUCUUCAUACUUCCCACAACUCUCUAGAUGCCUGGUUGAACAUGGCUGGAGCGGCAUCAGAAUCAGGAGCUUUUAAUCCUAUGAACCAUUUAUAAAAGAAGGAAAAAAAACAAAUAAAAGGAAUAAACACAAAUCUCAAAUGUUACACCACCACCCUUUCAGCAGUGAAGAAUAAAGCUAAAAGGCAUCAAGGAGCCACGAUUAACCAACUAUUUGGAUGUUCCCUGCAACUUGCCUCUCCUCUCCAAAAAAUCUCUACGUAAAUUUCAUAAAUUCCCUCCACCCCAUUUGCCAUAUCAUACAAUAGAUAUAUGCAGACAUGGGUAUUAAAACUCCAAGAAGCAUCGGCAGCAGAAAAUAAACUAUCUCAAAUUUUUGUAACUGGUGGGGUAGUUUUUGGUGCUGUAAAAAACUAAAGGUUCAAGCUGUAACUUCGGACUCCCGUAUAUUUUAGAAAAAUUUGCCAUCAAGGUCACCUGUGUGCCUAACAAUGAGUAUCUGUAGGAAAAUAAAAAAAACAUGCAUUUAUAGGUCUAUCAAAUUAUUUAAUUUGAAAAAAAAACCAAAUAUUCAAAAAUUUGACAUAUACGAUCAGGUAUAGUCACCGGGCUCUGGAGGAAAUUGUAUACAAGUGAUAAUUGCAUAACAUUGAUAAAAAAUAGGAAACUUGUAAUAUUUCAUAACAAGGACCACGGAAUCUUAAUAUUUUUUGGAGAAACGUGAAACAUAUGUCUGCCAAAUUUUCACAGAAAUAAGGAAAUUGUUUUCACCGUAACAUAAAAAUGAUAACCUGUAUUACUCACAAUUUACCUAAAACUGGUAAAUUUUAUAAACCUGCCAAUAGAAAUCUCCAAGGUUCAGGGAUUUAAAAAAAAAUUGAGUUGUUAAUGGGCUUGAAAUGUAGCGACAAGUUUGAAUCCAAAACGGAGAGGCCGCUAAUGUCUUCGUAGAGCAUCCACACAAGACGGCAGCACCCAACGGAGACGAGAUUUUUCCAAAACUGACAGAACAUGCAUUUUGGAGAGAAAAAAAAUUGGAAUUUUUUUGUUUCUUUUUCUGAUGUAGCUUGGAAAUAUUUGAAGCUGCUACCAUGGCGACCUUGUUCCAUCCUGAUCAUAUUCCAGUCUCAACAUUUAUUAGACAUUCCUUUCUUCGCAUCGAAAUGAUUGGGGGAGGGGGGAGCUUAAUGUUAUUUCCAUGUUGUUAUAUUUUAAAUUAUUCAUUGGGGGCCAAUAAAAACAAAAACAAUAAGAAAUUGACAUUUCAAAAAGAAAAAAAAAAACUUAAUCUGUAUAUAUUUGUUGAAAUUUGCCCCUUUUAGAUUUGUUUCUUAUUUACUUCGAUAACAGUAUUUUUUCAUAAAAAUUUCAUUAUUGUGAAGAAAAUGUUAAUAUAAGCAAAUAGUGAAGGACCAAAACAGAGUAACAAGGUUUUGUGGUGUUAGAAAACUUCAUGUGCCAAAUAAGGUUAUUAUAAGCAAUUUUCUUUUUAUUUUUUGGUUGUCAUUUGCCGAUUACAGCGUUUAUAGUAUUUAGACUCUUUAUUUCGGUAGAUAGAUGCUUAAAGCUGUGAUCGAGUUACGUUUUAUUGACUACCACAACUGAUCUUGCUGCGAUACUCCAGGACAAUCAUACGUUUGUAAAGAAAAAAAGAAAAAAAAAUUGUUCCUAAUUAUUUUGUUUGUUUUUGAUUUUUUUUUUUUUUUGCCUAAGUAUUGUAUUUAUUUCUUAUUUGCUAGGGGCGGGUGUACAAAGACCAUUUAAGUCUUAAAAAAAAAUAUGAUUUUUCUAAAGUUUCACGUAGGCAAAUAGCAACAUUGUGAUUUUAAAGUAACUAGUUUCACAAUUUCAUGAUGGUGGGUGCCAUGUUUCUUAAAUGUGUCACCGUCGAGAAGCUCAAAGAUGCUUAAAAGCACUCUGUAAUGUACUGUAUUAAAAAGCACUAGACACCUGGUUGGAAAAAAUAAAGCAAAUGUAAAUAUGUAGGAGUGUGGAAAAUGUAGUGAAAUUAUGUAUACAUAUCCCUUUUAUCAAAGGCUUCAAAAGUCACAUCACUUUGACAGGGAUUCAAGAACAACAAUGACCACAACCUCAUCAUUUCACAUACUGUUCUCGUAAUGGCAUUUCAAUGUAUACACUGGAGUGGAAACGUAAACACCCCAAUCUAUAUUAAGUAAAUGGUAUGGAUUUUGAAGGCAUUUUUUUUUGUUUUUGUUUUUCUUUUGUGUAUCUUUGUGAUCUUGCAAAAAAAUAAAUAAAUAACCAAAUUAAAAAGAUGAAAUCGGUGAAAUGAAAAUUUACCAAGCUGUACCAUGUGACGCAUUGUCUUCUGGUGAGGACUGGCUACAUUUUUAAAACCUAUUGGCUGACUGUAAGGGCAUAUGGCACCUAGUGAAAAAUAAAUUAAUUAACAAAAUACAUGAAAUGAAUUAAAUAAAUUGAUAAAUAAUUCAAUAAAAAUUGGAAGUUUCUAAUAACAACAAAAAAUAUAUAUAUAAUAAAAAGUCUUGUGGUUUGUAAAUCAAAAAUCGAUAAAAAAUUGAAACAGUAUUUUUUUCCAAAGUGUUGUAAAAAUAAUCUUCAAUAUUUAAUAUACUCUAGAAAUAGAGAAAUAUAGAAAAAAAAAACUGACAUGUCCUGCUCCUAUAGGAAUGUAUUGAAUAAUGAGAAAGGAAAUCAUAAAAGUAAUAGACGUUAAUAAAACAAUGUGAACCAAAUGCUUCCCCCUGAAAAUUUGCACUUACUAUAUUACUCUUUUUUCCUAUUGCCAAGUGCCGUAAUAGAAUUCCAUAAAUGGAUUCAUUAAGUUUAGGCUUCACUCUAAAGACGGGUCACAAUGGUUUAAUAAUUCAUGGAUAAAAAUGUUAAUUUAGUGCAAUAAACACAUUGUCCUAUAACCGAUAUAAUAUGGUCCGAAAAAUUUAAAUUAAUCCAAAAUUUUAAUUCAGUCAAAAAAAAAAAAAAAAAAAAAAAAAAGGAGAAUAUUUCAGGGAUCGCAGUAAAGGUUUAAGGUUUCGUGCUGUGUAACUUGGAAGAGACCCAAGGUCUUAGGAGAGCGAGCUGUCAUAUAAAGCUUUUCUUUACAGAAUAAGAACUACAGAAAGGAAAUUAAAUAGCAGGCAACACCCCUCUACUGUUUCUUCAGAUGGCAGCCUCCAACAUGACCGCAAAAAGCCCCCCCCCCCCGCCAAUAAAAAAUAUAUAUAUUACCAAGUUAUAAUGAAAUUGUGUCCAUAUACGUGUAGAAAUCUAUACUCCUAUAUGAAGUAAUUAUCAUCCACUUACAUGAUAUCACCAUCGGAGGGGGCUCACCGGACCCAUAGGCAAUAAGUUUCUGCCAAUUUCUAAUGGCAUCCCAUGGGAUAUUUAUAGUGACGUCACUAAAUUGUAAAAAUUGACCAUGUUUUUCAUAACAUUUUUAUAUAUAUAUAUAUAUAUAUUUUUUUUUAUAAAUCUGCCAGUAAAAAGUUUUCAAACUGGUGCAUUUUAAGACUGAUUAGUUGUAGUGUGCACCAUCUCUUAUUUGACAUAUUUAUGGUGAAUUUUGGGAGGAAUUUUGGUGCAUUUCAUGCUCAUUUUAAGCCACACCUCCUUUUCUGCAAUCCACCUCUGUUAUUUUGCUGUCCAAUUUGUUUAAAAAAAUCUCUCAAACCUUAGAUUUUUAGCCAAAAUUCUGCCGCACACAAUUUUAUUGAUUUCCCCCAUUGAGUUGCGGGAAAUCUUGUAGCUGCCACUAGUGUAGCCUUGACCCUAAGUUUAGAUGAAGAAAAUAUAGAACAUUGUUUUGCAAAUCCACGCCUGCUCUUAGCGGCCAAAAUUUAAUGUUCUGAUCUUUUUAAUGAAAAUUUGGUGCACUUUACUCUUACUAACUUCAGUUUUAGACUGGUGUAUGAAAUGUCAGCCAUAUUAAGUCUCUAUUAGUUACACUGUGUAAAAUAGUCACAGUUAUAGUCAUACAAAAUGUAAGAUCAGCCUGUAGAUGGGCACUUAUGUUAAUUUAUUCAAUUUAAAAAUGUGGGAAAAAAAAUGAUGAAUACAUUUUAAAUUAAAAUUCUCCAAUUUUUUGUGGGGAAAAACAUUAUUUAUACAAAAUCUAUAAAAUCUGAUCAAUCGGAGCUGCUGCUUUUUGUGUUUCUGACUCGUAACUUAAUUGAUUACAAAAAAAUAUUUGUUUAAAAAUAAAAAAUAAAUUAUUAUCCAAUAAAAUGAAUACCAAGGAAAAGGCAUAAAGAAUUUUAAACCACAAUUCUAUUACAAAUUAAAAAAUGUUCCCUUUAUCGGGCCAAUUCCCUUACAGCCAUUGCUCCCCCUUAAAAAUGUUCACUAUAUAUAUCUGUUCUCUUGUCUUUUUCCAUCAAAAAUAAAAUGCUUUAUAGGAUCCUGAUUCAUCUCCGUGCUCUUUCGUCUGGAUGAGGAGGGGUUCUUCUUUAACCGUCCAUGCUAACAGAAGAGUCCUCCUCAAAGUUGUUCUCUAUGAGACAGCGGUGAAUUUUUUUAGUCGGGUGUUUAAAAUAGACACAAAAAAUAAAAAAAUAUAUUAUGUUGUAUCCCUUGUUUAAGAGAAAAAUUUACAUUGCGGGGAAAAAAACACACACAGUUGUAAAUGUCUGGAUUUCAUUUUGGUGUUUUUGAAGAAAAUGUUUUUUGGAACAAUUGAAUUUUUUUGUUCCAUUUCCCUCUGGAUUGUAUAUUGCUUCUGUUAUGUUCAUAGGCAAAUCUGUGCAUGACUGGUGGGCUAGCCGUCGAUGUGUCUGUUUGUGAAUUUUUUUAAAAGAGGAAAAAUCGAAAAAGUAAAAAAACAACAAAAAAAAUAUAAUUAUAAUAAUAAAAUAAAAAAAAAUCUGUAGAUGCACUUACUGUAUAUGUGAUUAGGUUCUUUGUCCGGGACUUGAUGCUUCAGCUGCCAAUGAUAUAAAAGAAAAAUAAGAAAAGACAGCUGUUAAUAUGAAAAAACUUCAAAUCGCUUAUGUGGGAAAAAAUAUAAAGGAAAAGAUAUGAAGUGUAGAAAAAAAAUUACAAAAAAGCGAUUUUUUUUUGUGGGGAGGGAAAAAAUUCUUUUUGAUGCUUGUGAUAAAAAAACAAACAAAAUGUACUUGAGUAGAGAAAUUCCUUAAGAUAAUGAAUAAGAAAGCUGAUUUUGAGUUUAAUGCUGUAGAAUAGGAAUGUAUACCAAAUGUAAUCUUUCCAAUGCUACAAUGAAUUUAUACAUGAGAUUGAUAUGCAAUAAACCUGUGUGCUUUUUUAAAAGCUGUUCUGCUUUGUGAUUUUUGUGAGUUAUUUCUACAUUUGACAUAAAAAAUAAACACAAUAAAUACAUAAUCCCUAGCAAAGUCGUAAAGUAAGGAAUUUAUUGCUGAAUUCAGAGAUUAGAAAGAGAGAUAUGAAUUACUAAAGCCCAUUACUUCUUCCCUUCUGCUCACUGCAUUAGAAAAA